CUCCGGAGCGCCCGCCCAGCUGACCCGGCCGCUCUCCCUUAGCUUGCUGCUGCCGGGGCGUGCAGGGCCCGGCCGCCGCCAUGUCGGGCCCGUUUGAGCUCUCGGUGCAGGAUCUCAACGACCUGCUGUCGGACGGCAGCGGCUGCUACAGCCUCCCGAGCCAGCCCUGCAACGAGGUCACCCCCAGGAUCUACGUGGGCAACGCGUCUGUGGCUCAAGACAUCCCCAAGCUGCAGAAACUGGGCAUCACCCAUGUCCUGAAUGCGGCCGAGGGCAGGUCCUUCAUGCACGUCAAUACCAGUGCCAACUUCUACAAGGACUCUGGCAUCACCUACUUGGGCAUCAAGGCCAACGACACACAGGAGUUCAACCUCAGCGCUUACUUUGAAAAGGCGGCAGACUUCAUCGACCAGGCCCUGGCUCAGAAGAACGGCCGAGUGCUCGUCCACUGCCGUGAGGGUUACAGCCGCUCCCCGACUCUCGUCAUCGCGUAUCUCAUGAUGCGUCAGAAGAUGGAUGUCAAGUCUGCCCUGAGCAUCGUCAGGCAGAACCGUGAGAUCGGCCCCAACGAUGGUUUCCUGGCCCAGCUCUGCCAGCUCAAUGAUAGACUAGUCAAGGAGGGGAAAUUGAAGCUCUAGGGCGCCCUCACUGCCUCUUCUCUAGAGGUCGGAUGGAGGGAGGCACCCUGGUUGUGGUGUCCCAAGCUGCCAUGUUUAGGAAACACAGUGUACCCUGCUCCCAGCAUCACCAGGCACUUGCCCACAAGUCUGUCCCAACACAGCCCUGGGCCACUUUCCCCCUGGGGAGCAUAUAAAGAAGCUUGCUGA